GAUAGCGACCGCGAGAUGAGAUUUCUUUCCCCUCCUCUUCUCUAUUUAAGCCCCCGUGUGGGUUGGAUUUCGAAGGCCUUUUCCGCCUGCGCCUAUGAGCAAUGCUUGUGGCUGAACACCGAGAUCAGUGUCACUUGGUUUGCUUUUGGUAUAAGAAAGAGACAUAUUGGAAUACAACACAGGUAAACUGGUGGAGAAGAAAAGGUUUCUUUUCCUGAAACUGAGAAGGGGGAGAGAGAGAGAGAGGAGACAGAGAGGUGUUCGCCGCCUCCUCGUGUUUGGACCGCUCAUUUGCCCUUCUCUCUCUCUCUCUCUCCUUGGAUUAAAUCUUCUUAGAUCUCAGCCGAAGGAACACGGAUGGAGGGAGGAGGUGAGCAGGCCCCGCCAAGGCGGCGGACGCCGUCACCGGGGCGGAGCCGGCGUCUACCGGACUUCUUGCAGAGCGUCAACCUCAAGUACGUGAAGUUGGGUUACCACUACCUGAUCACCCACCUGCUCACCCUACUGCUGAUCCCGCUGAUGGCGGUGAUCCUCCUGGAGGCGGCGCAGACCGAUCCCGACGAACUCCGGCAGGUGUGGCUCCACCUCCAGUACAACCUCGUGAGCGUGCUGGUGUGCUCCGCGGUCUUCGUAUUCGGCACCACUGUCUACAUCAUGACGCGGCCUCGCCCCGUGUACCUCGUCGACUACGCCUGCUACCGGCCGCCGCCCGAGCUCAAGGCGCCGUUCCACCGCUUUAUGGAGCACUCGCAGCUCUGCGGCGGGUUCAACGAGUCGGCACUCGAGUUCCAGCGCCGAAUCCUCGAGCGCUCCGGCCUCGGCCAGGACACCUGCUUACCCGUCGCCCUUCACUACCUCCCGCCCCGCCCCUCCAUGGCCGCCGCCCGCGAUGAGGCCGAGCAGGUCAUGUUUGGCGCUCUCGACACGCUCUUCAACAACACCGGCGUCAAGCCCAAGGACGUCGGCGUCCUCGUGGUCAACUGCAGCCUCUUCAACCCCACCCCCUCCCUCUCCGCCAUGAUCGUCAACCGCUACAAGCUCCGCGGCAACAUCAAGAGCUUCAACCUCGGCGGGAUGGGCUGCAGCGCCGGCGUCCUCGCCGUCGACCUUGCGCGAGAUCUCCUCCAGGUCCACCGCGCCACCUACGCGGUCGUGGUCAGCACCGAGAACAUCACCCAGAACUGGUACUUCGGCAACCGCAAGGCCAUGCUCAUCCCCAAUUGUCUGUUCCGCGUCGGCGCUGCCGCCCUGUUGCUGUCCAACCGCGCGGCGGAUCGCCGGCGCGCCAAGUACAAGCUGGUCCACAUCGUUCGCACCCACCGCGGCGCCGACGACAGGGCCUUCCGCUGCGUCUACCAAGAGCAGGACGAGGUCGGCAAGGUCGGCGUGUCCCUCUCCAAGGACCUCAUGGCCAUCGCCGGGGAGGCGCUCAAGAUCAACAUCACCACCCUCGGCCCCCUGGUGCUUCCCAUCAGCGAGCAGCUUCUCUUCUUUGCGACGCUGGUGGCCAAGAAGCUCUUCAACGGCAAGGUGAAGCCCUACAUCCCGGACUUCAAGCUGGCGUUCGACCAUUUCUGCAUCCACGCGGGGGGAAGGGCCGUGAUCGACGAGCUAGAGAAGAACCUGCAGCUGCGGCCCAUCCAUGUGGAGGCCUCCCGGAUGACCCUGCACCGCUUUGGCAACACAUCCUCCAGCUCCAUCUGGUACGAGCUGGCUUACACGGAGGCCAAGGGGCGGAUGCGGAAGGGCCACCGCGUGUGGCAGAUUGCGUUCGGGAGCGGCUUCAAGUGUAACAGCGCGGUGUGGCAGGCGCUUCGCAACGUGAAGCCCUCCCACGAUGGUCCAUGGGAGGACUGCAUCCACGGUUACCCUGUGGAGAUCAUCGACGGGUUUCCUCCUCGGGAGCCACAGCAGCAAUAGUGGCUGUGUUAGGUGAUGGUGUGUGUGAUCUGGGUCGGGCAGAUCCUUUGGUAUUCUUCACUUGCAGCUCAUAUCUGCACGCCGAUUUGUUUGUUGUCAUCUGAUCAUGGAAGUCUUUAGCGUCUCUAUCUGCAAGCGCUCUUCGAUCGAUUGCUGUGAAAGCUUUUAGGUGCCAUGCUCUCA